UAGGGCAGAUAAAACGGAUUGUUCAAUAGUUCCGAUAGAGCGAUAGUGAGAUAGAGGUACAUAUAUGUACAUUGUAAAAGUUAUCUGCAUGGUAUGCGCGCAGAAAAAGCAGUUUGUAUGGAAUAAAAACAUUUAAUUGUCGGCAAUAUGAAGUUGGCAUUACGACUGACACUUGCGAUAGUUAUUUCUACAAGUUCACUAAUUUACAUUCUUAUCUACAUUUCGAACAAAUCUACAACUAAACAACGUGUCUUGACACACUUGGUUCACCGAAUUGAUAAGACUAGAGAAAGAGCGAAAUAUGAGACUUUACGUGAAAGUAUGCCCAAAAAGGAUGAAGGUCAAGCUGCUGGAACGGAUGCCAACAAUGGGGCAUUGCCGCUUCCAAAGGCUGAUGCCGAUGUAUACACGCAAGACGUAUUCGAUUACGUCAAUGAAAAUUACAGUGAACGAUAUGACACGCUCCCAAAUGAUAUGCAUAAGCUUGAGACCAGAAAGGAUAGGCUUAACGUCUUUAUAAUACCUCAUUCUCACGUUGACCCCGGGUGGCUGCAGACGGUGGAUGAAUAUUACACAGAGUCAGUGCAUGACAUACUUACAAAUGCUGUACUCGCAUUAACUGACCAUCCGAAAAUGAAGUUUAUGUGGGCAGAAACAGUUUUCCUUAAGAAAUGGUGGGAUGCCUUGACUUUUAACAACAUGGAUGAUGUCAAGGUUAAGUUUCGUAAACUUCUGAAAGAUAAACGUUUUGAGAUUGUGAUGGGAAGUUGGGUCAUGCCAGACGAGGCAAGUACCCAUUAUUAUUCUAUAAUUGACCAAAUGGUGGAAGGUCACCAAUGGUUGGAACACAACCUUGGUGUUAAGCCUCAAUACACGUGGUCCAUAGACCCUUUUGGACAUUCCUCGGCGUUCCCUUUCUUUCUUAAAGCAGCAGGUUUCAGAGGAAUGGCAAUAUCGAGAAUACAUUCGGGGGUGAAACGAAAAUUAGCUCUUGAUAAGAGUCUAGAAUUCCACUGGAGACAAACUUGGGAUCAAAUGGGCCAGCACGACUUGUUCUGUCACGUUCUAGCUGGAAGUACGUAUGUGACUGGAGAUUCUUGUGGUAUAGACCCAAAGGUGUGUCAAGAGUUUGAUUUUUCAGCGGGAGGAACCCCAUGGGGUCAAAACCCGAUCCAAAUCACAAAUUCAACGAUAGCUGAGCAAGCAGAUAUCUUAUACAGGCAAUAUAUGUUAAAGAGUGACUUAUUCCGAACAAGAAAUAUAUUCAACCUUGUUGGGCAUGACUUUAGGUAUCGCAAAAUGGAAAAUUAUGAAGACGUUUUCCGAAAUUUCCAAAGGUUGAUUGAAUACAUGAACAAUAAUGAAACAAUGAACGUUCAUAUUGAAUUUGGCACUCUUGGUGAUUAUUUCAAUAAGGUAGAUGAUGAUCUAGAACAAACUAAAAUGCCUCAUUUAAUUGGGGAUUUCUUUCCAUACGUAAUGUCCACAAGACCGUCUCAAAAUGAUUACUGGACUGGCUAUUUCACUACUCGUCCUUUUGAUAAAUACUUAGGAAGGGAAUUACAGUCAAUGGUAAGGACGGCAGAAAUUCUGAACACAUUCUCUGCUCUGAGAAUCAAGCAACUUAGUGCACCUCAUGAUGAUCAUGAGGCACACGUGAUUGGAUCCCUAAGAGCCUUGGCCAUCGCUCAUGAGGAACUGGGUGUUUAUCAACAUCAUGAUGCAAUUACAGGUACAGAGGUCAGGCACGUAGCAAAGGACUACGAAAAACGUAUGAUGAAAGGACUACAAAGCUGUUACAAUGUCAUUAGAAAAUCGUUUGCUAUUCUUAACCCAGAGACUAAUGGUAUCGCGUUCGAUUUAGAUAACGUGAGAGACGAGGAUGAUAUGCAAAUUGCUAAAGCCAUAAUUGGAAUCACUAAAGAGAGACGUGUGACUGUUUUCAAUCCUAUUGCAAAGAGAGUUCAAACUGUUGCUCGUUUUCUUAUAAUACAUCCUAAUGUUGACGUUUAUGACAUAAAUGGAUAUAAAGUCGACGCCCAGAUCAACCCUGUGUGGCGAGAUAAUGCAGUUUUCAUUGACCGUUAUGAGCUCAUUUUCGGGGUAACCGUUCCAGCAUUUGGAACUAGCACUUACACUCUUAAAGAAAAGAAUGGUGCGGUCAAAUUUGCAGAAAUAUUAACCAGUGAUGUAGAAAGUAAAGUCUUCACGGUAAAACCAUUAGGCAAGAAUGACAUCCAUGUCAUGAACUCAUUCAUGGAGGCUAAAUUUUCAGCUAUAAAUGGUGAUUUGUUAGGAGUCAAACAGGAAGGAGACAAUCAUAAGAUACACACAUCGUUUGUUUCUUACCAUAGCGGCCAAGGAGGAGCAUAUGUAUUUAAACCAAGGGGGAAAUCUGAUCAAAAGCUGUUCAGUUCUCAGAAGCCAAUCGUCAGAGUAAUAAAAGGUGAGAUUGUGACUGAAGUACAUACGUUAUAUGAUGGGCUAUCAAGAGUGGCCAUCAUACACCAUACAGGGGAAGAUAUACAGAGAGCCAUAACAAUACACAACUCUAUCGACAUACGACACUUUCCUGAAAAGGACAGACGGAACAUUGAAGUCAUGAUGGAAAUAAAGUCAAAUGUUUCUAACAAGGAUGGACUAUUUUAUUCUGAUGCAAAUGGACUACAAAUGAGUGAACGAAAGAAUAAUCCUAAAAUUGCUGUCAAUGGAAACUUCUAUCCUAUGACAUCAAUGGUAUACUUAGAAUCUCAAAGGACAAGAUUGACUAUAUCGUCUGCUCAACCAUUAGGGGUUGCCAAUUUGAAAUCAGGGGAAUUGCAGAUAGGGCUCGACAGAAUGACAACAGCGGAUGACGGUAAAGGAAUGAACCAAGCCGUCGACGAUAACAAAGUCACUCUUAGCAGAUUUAUGAUCUAUGUCGAGAAACGGAGAUCUCCACAUGAUCAACGAACUGUAUCGACUCCAAGUGCAGUUGCGAUUUCUCUACAAAAUAUUUUAAAUAAUCCAUUAGUUCAGUUCAUAUAUGAAGAUGAUUCGGGAAGUAAUAGCGAAUUCAAGGACUUUAGUUUAAUUCAAACGCCUCUUCCAUGCCACAUAAACGUUGUCUCAAUAAGAGGUUUAUUUAAUAAAUCUUCCAACCAUUCCACUGUGUCUGAUAUUGGACUGACGCUUCAUGCUCAGGGAUAUGAUAACAACAUAGGUAAUAAAUCAUCAACUAUAUGUAAACAGUAUAGUAACAAAUUCAACAUGGAAAAUAUCUUUGGAAAGACAGCGAAACUAUCUACGAUUAAAGAAACAACGUUAUCAUUCAUGCAUAUCAAGCGUGAUAUUAGUGUAAACGAUAAUUUGGAUAUACGUCCAAUGGAGCUGAAAUCCUUUAAGAUAGCACUGGAAUGAUUUUUUAUAAAAAUGUCGUGUAUCGUAACAGCAUUGCCAAAAGUAAAGGGUGUGUCAGAAAUACCCACUUUGAUUGAGCAAAUGUAUUUAAACCAAGGGGGAAUUCUGAUCAAAAGGUGUGAUACUUUUUUUUACAAUACUCAAUAUGUAGGCAAAAGUAUAUUUACAUAAACAAUUGGAAUGAUAAUUUAAUUUCCAAUGAUUUGGUAUUUUAUUCAUUUGCAUUGGGUACAUGUAUAUCAUUUUACAUGACUGAGGCCAGUGCAUUGCACGCGUAUGCUAAUCUAUUAUAUAUACUUUAUCAUACUUGUACUUUUUAAAUGUGGUUUCUUUUCAGGGUUUGUAACUUGGCUUAGUGGGUGUUUUAUUUUAUUUUGUUAUCAUCUGUAUUAUGGACAAGGGCAAUAUGUCAGUUAUGACUGUAGAAAUUACAUGUAUAUUAUAGAAUUUUUGAGUACAUUGAAAUCGUAGAAAUAAUCAAAAUGUAUCAAAUCCAAUUUAAUUAA